AUUAGGUAACCGCUUAAAGUCAGAAAUUUGGAAUUGUUUGAUUAUGUCAGCAGUUUCCACAAUAUAGUAUUAUCACGUAACAAUAAUAUAAUAACUUGUUUGUCUGUUCGUGGAUUUUAUGUGAUUGAAUUGUUGGAUAUUAAUAAAUAAUUACCCUAAAGCAAAAUUGCGUCAACAUAGUUAUAAUAAAAACAAUAAAUUUGAAUUUUUUCUUAUGAAUAAAUAUAAGCUGAUACCUAUCUUCUUUGAAUUUAUAACUUUUUAUAACUUAUUAAUAUUAAUAAUCUUUAAGGAAGUUCAGUUUUUUUUUGUAUUUAAGUUAUUUACGAUCAUAGUCACUGCUGCAUUGGAUAGUCAAAGUCAUAAAUAGUAAACAUUUAAGUGUCAUCGGACAAGGUUGUAUAUGUGAUUUAGUAUAUAUAUAUUAUAAUAUUGAUAUUUUUCCGGAUGUGAAUAUAAAUCUAUACAAUAUAGGUAGUCAAUAUCCCCGUCACCAGUCAUUCAUUCCGAUCAUCAGAAAAAAAAACUCGCUAAAAUAGUCAAAAAAUGGAAUAUGAAAGUCGAGUAAGCACUAUACCACACAGGUGAUACAACAUAAUAGAGUGCAUAACACUCGUACCUCCGCGAUACCCUUGAUGGUACGAGCGUGUCGGUGUGCAUCCUUUAUAAUUCGUUAUGGAGACGUGUGUUCUUAUCGGUUAUCAUUUCAUCACGAGUAUAAUAUAAUAAUAUAAAUAUAUGUUUACCGGGUGUAUUUAAUUGCCACCGCGAGUUCGUCCUACAUUGUUGAUAUUCGAGACGAUAAAAAAAAGCAGAGCAAGAGACAAGAGACUGGCACUGAGAGAGAGAGAGAGUGAGAGAGAAAGAGAGAGAGCGAAAGGUGCGGAAAGAGAGGGGAAUAAAGUUGCCAAAAAAUAAGACGAAAACUAACCAUAUCGUUAUAAGAUAAUAAAAAGAAAAAUAACGCUGAAAGACGUUGAAAGACGCAGAACAAACAAAGUAAGUUAAUAUUUAUAUUAUACGUAUAGAUAUGGUAUAUUAAUCGUUUUCAUCACACCAACGGAUAAUGAUGUGCGAAAAAUGCCUAGGAGGCUUUUUGUUUCUAUCGAAGUGACUUCAGGUUCGACAAUUUUAGUUAAACGUUAUCAUAAAUAUCUGUGCUUUUCCAAGUGCCAAAAUGUCGAAAUUAAAGAAAUGCAUAAUAAUCUUCCUUUGAAUAAGUUUCUGGCCCAUAGAUAAUAAAUGUAUAAAAUCUAACAAAAUAUAUAGGUAAUAAGAUAAUUACUUUAAUGAACAAUAAGGUUUUUAUUAAUUUUACGAGUAGUUUUUAAAAACCUCAAAUAAAAUAGCAAUAAAAUAAAAAUGUAAAAAAAAUCUGAAAAUCACUUCUAUCUUAAUUCUAGCAAACAUGAACAAUAGGUUUGAAGUGUCUCGGUUAAAGGUGUCUCGGAGGGGAAUCUUAAGAAAGUGUGGAUGCCGUACUAAAUUUUAAAUAUUAAAAAAUUUACCAAUGUUGAAUUGUAUAAUAUCUAAUAUAUAACGCCAAAACUAUAUGUGCAGUAACUGCCAGAUUCAGUUAAAACCGUAGAUACACAUAUAUUCAUAAUUUUAAAAUAAAUUUAAAACUAAAAAUAAUACAUAUACUUAUGAUAAUCAGUGGUGGUGUAAAACAAAAUUGUAAUAAAUAAUUUAAAAAAAAACAUAUUAAAAAUAUCUCUUUUAUUGUGUAUUAUUAUUUAAUUUAGAACUGUUUCGCAGAACUGCCUAGUUCACAGAACAGAAUUUCGAAUAUUCAAAGAACUUAAUUUAUCGAAUUUUUUAUUACAUUUAUUAUUAAUAAUAGCUUGUUGUUAGGAAAACAAAAUAUACUGGCUCGAAAACCUGGCGAUGCCACUAAACUAUAAUUUACCGAAAAACGUUUAGUAACCAUGGAAAAAAAACAAAUACGUGUCAGUAGUAAAUUUCCAUAAAUCUGAAUCGAUGAUUCCAGAAUUUAUAUUAAAUAAUAUUUGAUCAGUGCACCAGCAAUAACUGUCAAUAUCAAAAAAGUAAUAAAAAAUACAUUUAAAUACAUUUAAAUGAAUAACGGUAACAGUAGCCGGAAGUCGGACGUGAACAUGGACGAAGAGUCGUACCCAUGUGACGAGCCAAUGGACAGCGAAGGCCACACGAAGGUACGCCAAAGGAUACACACCGCAGAGCAGCCGUACCAGGUUGAUGCGUGUAUUAAAUCUUCCUCCAAUACCAUCGCCUUGACGGUACAGCAACGGACGCACUCGGAAGAGAAGUCGUACCGGUGUGAUGUGUGCGUAAAAUCAUUUUCCAAAAUCAGCAACUUGAAAGUACACCAUCGGACGCACACUGGAGAGAAGCCGUACCAGUGCGAUGUGUGCGUAAAAUCGUUCUCCAAUACCAGCGCUUUGACGGUACACAAGCGGACGCACACUGGAGAGAAGCCGUACGCGUGUGACGUGUGUGACAGAUCGUUCAGUACAAAUGGCAGUUUGAUUACACACCGGCGGACGCACACUGGAGAGAGACCUUAUCCGUGUGAUGUUUGCGACAAGUCUUUCAAUCAAUGUGGCCAACUGACGGUACACAAGCGGACGCACACUGGAGAAAAACCUUUCCCGUGCGACAUAUGCGACAAGUCGUUCAGUGUAAAGGACCACCUUACGUCACACCAGCGGUCGCACACUGGAGAGAAACCUUACCAAUGCGAUGUGUGCGACAAGUCGUUCAAUGUAAGUUAUACUUUGACGAGGCAUCGGCGGACGCACACGGGAGAGAAACCUUUCCCGUGCGACAUUUGCGACAAGUGGUUCAGCGUAAUUGACUGUUUGACGAAGCAUCGGCGGACUCACACGGGAGAGAAACCAUACCCGUGCGAUAUUUGUGACAAGACCUUUAACAAUAACUAUGAAUUGACGGUACACCGACGGAUGCAUACGGGCGAGAAACCGUACAAGUGUGAGUUUUGCGACAAGGCGUUCGCUCAAAGCGGCACACUAACGGCACACCGACUGAGACAUAAGGACCUGAAAUAAUAUUUAAUAAUUUUCAUAUUUAUAUUUUUUUUUUUUCGAUCCAUGCUGUGUAUUUACAGAUUUACAUUUUUCUUUGUUAA